UCUGGACCGGCCUGAUAACUCCUGUAGCCUAAAGGGCAUAUAAGAGCGAGCGCCGUCCGACAACCCCGGUAGUGCGGCUCGAACAGCUGUCUGUGGCGAACGUUGAAGUAUCCGUUGUUCUUUCUCAGUGUCGUUCUGUGGCAGUGCCAUCGUCAGCAGCAGCAAAGCAUCAGUCGGCGAGUCACCACAGCUUAAACCACAACUCAACAGGUUCCUUUCUCAACGCUCUUCGUAGAACAACCCAGCUACGAUGAGAGACAAGCCUGACGUAGCCAAGGCGUCUUCCACAUGGGUCAGCCCCUCACCAAGGAGGAGGAGACGUCCCCAAGCCAUGGAUAUCCCAGGAUGCGUGUGUGGCCGUGGAAGUGGGGUUGCAGGAUCCCUAAGUGGAAGUAUGGGUAUGAAUGCAGCAUGGCCUGAGGAGAAUGGAAUGUCUGCAAGCUCUUCCAUGUCUACAAGCCUCCUUACUAAGACGAAACCUUUUCCUAUCAGAGGAGAGCGUGCCAAUUAUGUCAACACGCCACAUGUCAUUGUUAUGGUGGGUCUGCCUGCCAGAGGAAAAACCUACAUGGCUAAAAAGCUGACAAGGUACCUCAACUGGAUCGGCAUAAAAACAAAAGUGUUCAACUUGGGCGAGUACCGUCGACGUGCCACCCACAUGUACAAGAACCAUAACUUCUUCCGUACGGACAAUGAGGAAGCAAUGGCUCUCAGGGAACGGUGCGCAAUGGAUGCCCUGGAUGACGUUUGUGACUGGCUUGAUAAUAGUGGGGGAGAAGUUGCUGUCUUCGAUGCUACGAAUACAACAAUGCAUCGUCGGCGAUUAAUAUACAAUAUCAUUGUGGAGAAAAUGGAGUACAAGCUGUUCUACGUAGAGUCGAUUUGCGAUGACCCAUCCAUCAUUGAGGCAAAUAUUAGGGAUGUGAAGAUCAACGGCCCAGACUAUCCAAGGUCGACACCUCAUAGUAGUAAAUCUCCUGGGCAUCCUUGCUCUCAAGAGGUAAAGGUAAACAGCCCAGACUAUCGUGGAAUGACAUCGGAGGAAGCACUUGAGGACUUCCUGCAGAGGAUUGAACAUUAUAUGGAACAAUAUCAACCUCUUGAUGAAGCCUUGGAAGAUCACCUCUCCUUCAUGAAAGUCUAUAACACAGGGCAGAAGGUGGUCGUUCACAAGCAUGAGGGACACAUCCAGGCACGUAUUGUGUAUUACUUGAUGAAUACUCAUGUCACUCCCAGAACCAUCUAUCUUGCACGACAUGGAGAAAGUGCUUACAACCAAUUGGGCAAGAUUGGAGGGGACUCUGACCUGAGUGAACGUGGACGUACAUUUGGAAAUGCCCUUGCAGAAUACAUUAAGGAACAGAAGAUACCUAAGUUACGGGUUUGGACCUCUUGGAUGAAGCGUACCAUUCAGACAGCAGAGGGUAUUGAUGCUCCUCAAGAAAGGUGGAAGGCACUGAAUGAAAUUGAUGCGGGAAUUUGUGAAGAGAUGACAUAUGCUGAAAUCAAAUCAAAGUUCCCAGAAGAUUUUGCUGCUCGUGACCAGAAUAAAUUCAGCUACCGUUAUCCCCGAGGUGAGAGCUAUGAGGACUUGGUAGCACGUCUGGAACCUGUAAUUAUGGAGCUUGAACGUCAGGGAAAUGUUCUUCUGAUUGCACAUCAAGCAGUCUUGAGAUGUCUUCUUGCAUACUUCCUUGACAAACCUUCUGAUGAGCUGGCCUACAUUGAAGUGCCACUGCACACAGUGAUCAAACUAACUCCUGUGGCCUAUGGAUGUGAGGUGGAAUAUAUCUCUCUAAACGUUGAGUGUGUCAACACCCAUCGUCCCAGGCCAGAGGUGCCAGGGAGCCUGGAUCCAGACCUGUUCUUCGAAGUUGCAGACAUGGACACUUGAUGCUAAAAUCAGAUAGGGGACAUCUGCUGUAGGCAUCUUUAUUUUACUUUACUGCCAACCAAUCUUGUUUGCCAAACCUUUUGCUAACCUUACGGUGCUCACCACAGUUGCCUCCAUUGCUUGCAUUGAAAUUUUCCUUAUAGUUUUGUAGUUGUUGAUUGUCCCAUGUCCUCAAACACUGUUAUGAAAGAAUAUUUUGUGUAAGUGAAACUUUUGAUUUAAGUAUACCUUGCAUAUGGUACUUACAUAUUACUAUACUAAGUUUUUAGGUAAAGGGCAUAUAAAAUAUACAUAUCUGACCUCUUUGGUCCUUUUUUUAUUUAAACUGAAAUAAAGAAAUAUGCCAGCUACCUUCUGGCUUAUUAAUGAGGUAAUAAAACCAAAGGAGUAGCCAUGGUGCAUUUAAUUAGUAUAACUCUGUACCUACCUUUUUCCUUCAUUUUUUUUUUUUUUUUUUUUUUUUUUUAGAAAUUGAACUGUAAUCAAGUUCAAAAGCAGAUUUUUUUUUUCUCUCUGUUUUCUUCUCCAAAGUCUUACAGUUUAGAACUGUGUCUUCUCAUUAGGUUCACUUGUUUGCUAUGUUUUGUUGCCUUUAUUUUCAGGGUAAAGAGGGUCCUUUUGGAUUUCGAGAUAAGAUUACAUAGGUUGUGAUGGUAUUCUAUUCCAAUUUCAUAUUUAUGGGAAGCGAAACAGUAAGGUUGUGAAUCUUAGUGGAGCUUAUAAGUGAGCCAAUCAAUAUUUAUGUUUGUGAUUGAUGUAUAUAAUGUAAUAUUGUGUACAUUAGCAAGAAAUUUGUUUAAAAAACAUACCUCAUGCCAAGAAGUCUGCAAUGAGAUAUUGAAAGUUUUGGUAAAAAUUGUUACUAGUCACUGGAAAAAAAUACUUUUAUUUUAAUUUUUCCCUAAUGCUGGACAUAAAAGGAAAAUGCAUCUAAGAUUAAUUUUACUGAGUACAUCUAGUUAGUAUUAUGGAUAUUAAUAUGUAUUAAAUGAUGUCCCAGUCUCUUAUGCGUGCCUGUUAGAAUAAGUGUUGUUUUCAUCCCUAUUCAAUAUCUUUAGAUUGCCACCCUUUUUCAUAAAACGAAAACAAAAAACAAGAAAAAAAGUAUGACAUUUUCAAACCUUAUUUCUUUUGUGCUUAAUCUUUGUGCAGUAAAGUAGAUUAUCUUUUGCCGGCAAGACAGCAGUUUUAACCCUUUGCCGACGGGCAUACCAUGCCAUGCCCACUGUGAGUUUACUCAUUUGAUUGUUUUUACACAUAGAUGGCUACACCUGUACUAAAUCACCAAUGAACCAAUUAUGAGUACUGCCUGUCUCGCCUGUUCACCCUUUUCUUUGAUUUUUGAAAAUAUUCUACGUUAUCUUAAUUUGCUAUUACUAAUGUUUAUAACAUUUUAGUAAUUAUAAUGUUUAUAAUAAAAAUAACACCAUCGAUAUUCAAAGCACUAGUAAAAAAUACAUUUUCCCGCCAAUUCAAGGAAAGGUGAAAUCAGAUAAGGCAGAACCAUCUAAGUGUAGUGACAUUUCACAAAAAAAUAUAAAAAGUGAGCACAGCAUUUUCCCCAUAUUUUAUUCAUUUUCCCUGUCGGCAAUGGGUUAAUAUGAGUUUUUUGUUUUCAGUAUUACCGAGUCUUUACCUUAUAAGUUGCUUGUUUUUUGCUAUUGAAAAUAAUCCUUGCAUAUUUCUGCAUUAUGUCUGAAAACACAGGGUUGAUAUCCUCAAAGAAAGCAGAGGAAAAGGAUCAUGAAACAGUAAUUAUAAUAAGCAAAUGAUAAAAUGAAAAUGGAAACGCUAAAAAAGCAGAGGUACUAUUAGAAUAGCUAUAGUAUUGGUAUAAAUAUAGUCUUACUAGUUAGGUGGAGAGAUUAGUAGAUACAAAUAUGAAAUGGAAUGGGAAGGACCUUGAGUUUUUGUACUAAAUGGUGACUAUCCUGUGCUGUGUUGUCUACCUAAUUAUUAUUUAUAAAGAUCAGUAUAUUCAUUCUUGCACAUACAGUUAUGUUAGGUUUUUAAAAGAAAUGUUAAUAUGAGUAACCCAUUCACUGUUUACUUUGGUGUGAAAAAAUGUUCCAAGGUUUCAUGUGUUUUGGACUAUGUUUUCAUCUUAUUCAUAUGAUUUAUAUGCAUAUCAUAAAGUAUGUUUUCAUGUAUUUAAUAUUAUUAUUUUCAUUUUUUUUCUGAAACUAUAGUAGUCUGAGUUUAGUAAUUCAUUGGCAGUGAGUGGGUUAUGUUAUUUAUAAGACCAUUUUUUUUAUUAUUACAGUUCAUUAGAAUUUCUUUUGUAAAGCUCUGUUUUAGGAGUUUCUGUCACUGUUUUUUUUCUUUCUUUCUUUCUUUUCUCUUUCUUUUUUUUCUUUUUUCCCCCAAGUUCCAUCACAUAAUGUUAAGGGGCAUCUAUACAUUUCUCGCAUCAUGAAUUAGAAGACCACAAAGCAGUUUUCUUCUCUUUUAUUUUUUAUUUUUUAUUUUUUUUAUAAAAUCUGUACCUAAGAUACAGUUUCAAAUUGGCAUAAGGCAUUUAUCACAAACUUCACUGCUUCAUUCAUUCAUGUACAUGCACAAACACUUGUACAUACCCAGCCAGCUGCGCACACACACACACACACACACACACACACACACACACACACACACACACACACACACACACACACACACACACACACACACACACACACACACACACAUAUAUAUACAUGCAUGCACACAAACAAUAAAUACAAGUCAUUACUAAACAUAAGUAGCUUGCUUGUUCUCAUAAGCUUUAUAGUUGUUUUUGUAGAGUAGAAUUAUCCCAAAUAUGUAUCAUUCUCCAGACCAUAAUAUAGCUCGACAUUAGGAACUUGUACAGAGUAAAUGUUACAUAUAGCAGCUAUGACUCUAGUUAUGUUCUUUAAAGCAAUACAAUAUUUUGGGGAUGUUGACUACCGUUACUAUUGUCUUGUGUGUGACCCCAGGACCACCAAAUGAGUCAGAAGUUGCAAAUGACAUUUUUAAACUUUGUAGAGCAUCAGCUUUCUUAUGGAAGUUAAUAUACUGAAUGGUUCCAUAGUUACCAUGCCUCAUAGAAAAUGUAAAAAAGUAUAGGCAUUCUGGAAAUAGAGGAAUUCUGAGAUCGAGAAAGUCAAAGUCUAAUUGUACUGUUAAUAUAAUGCAAAAUGGAAACAUCUUUGCAGUGUAUGCUUAGAGUUGGCUUAGAGAUUUGAAAAUUUGGUAAUGUGUAAUGAGAAGUCAUUCUCAAAUAUUACAGUUUUGUAAUUAGAUAUAGUGAUGGACAGAAUUAAAGAAUACAAAUUUUGAACAUAGAAUUUCACAUAAAGCUUUAACCCCUUCGUGAUGGGUGACACCUUUAGGCGUGAAACCAAACCGCUUGAAAUUUGGCGUGUGGCUGUGAGGUGAGCUGGUGAUUCGGCUUGAUGUACCGAACUCCCGCACUCAAAGUCGGCGCGUUGUCAUUGAUCGUAGAGUUUUUUUUUUAGUAUUCUUAACCCGUCACCAUUGGGUUAACCCAAUUUGCGCGAGCUCUUUCAGCGGUUGUGUGGUCCGCCAGUUGGGCAUAUCUGUAUGGGCUGCAUCUGUAGGGAUGACACCCGCAGCAUCAGCACUAUGCUGCCUUGGCAUCAUAGUAGAUGCCACCUGCGAACAAGGGGUUAAAGGUUACAAUAAUGUGCACAACUAAAUAUCAAUAUUUGCUACAAUGGGAAAGAGUUGUUUUGUUACUUUUGCUACACAGUGGAACUGUACAACUUCUGAAUCAGUUGGUGGUGUAGGUCAUAUUUGCUAGUGUAUGUAAAACUUCCUGUAUGAGGCAUUAUAUAAUUUAACUGGUCUGCUAGUUUUAUUGGGUAUUAAUGAUUUCUACCACCUGCAUGAAUAUUUUAUUAAUAUGUGAUCAGAAAGGAUUGUUAGUGAAAGUUCUAUUAUUUACUUUUUGUUAUAUUCUAAGCCGCUUUAGUUAAUCUAUGAUUUACAUUUAGAUACAUUAUUCAUAUUUAUUGUCUUUGUAGGUAGAAGCAUAUUUGCUAAACUGUAAUUUGUGAUGGAAAAAGAUUGCCCAACAAGUUGAAACAUUUUGAUGUUUGAUGUAUGGUUUUGAAGAGCAUGAUUAUGGUUAUUUUUAAAGUUAGUUAAUUAAUUAAUUAAUUUCUUAUUUAAAGUCCCUGGAAAAAAGUAGUAUUUAAUUCACAUAGAGGAAAGAUGCAUUCCUGCACUUUCAGUAUAUAUCAUAUUUAGAAAGAAAAAAAAUAAUAAAAUAAAAAAGUCUUUUUUUUUACAAUCAAUUGUGUACAGUAAAAUUAUUGCUAUACUAAAAUUACACUCAAAAUUAUCCCUUAGCAAUGUAGUAUGUGGGCAUCCUUAAUCCAGCUUGCAUCCCAGAGGCUUUUGAGCAUUAUCCUGUUAGUACACUUUUUAAUUGAAAUCAUAUGGAUUGUUUUAUUUGAAUCAGUAACUUAGUGGAUUUACAUAAGGCAGCCUUUCCUCCUAAGUUGUUUUUCUUCUUUGUAUUUCCAAAAGUAGUGACCAGGGUAAUGUGUGAUAUUGCUGAUCACCCGGCAGCUUCUGAUUGUAUUUCUGUGAGAAGAGCUUUUAUCACCAAUGAGAGCAAAACUGCUACCUUCCAUCUAUUAUGUCCUGAUAAUUCUAAUAUUCAAUAUCCCAUAUUUUAUGAAUGUAGCUAGACAGCACUAUAUUUUAUAUAUGUAUAUGAUUAUACAGUUGUUUAAUAAAAGUACCUAAUUCAUUACAUGUGAGACAGAAAUAUUUGACUGUGUGUGUAAGGGUCUGGGUUUUGGAUGGUAAUGGUAUUUUCAGCUUAAAAGGUAAUAAGGUUGAUAAGUGUGUUCUGUGCUUUGUAUGAAAUCUUUACAUUUCUUUUCAGGGUUGUGUUCCUUCUGGUCAGUUACAUAUGUACAUAAAUAGUGCAUAUAUUGUAACCUAGUAAUAGACUUUGUAUUCUUUUUUCUUUUUUUUAUAUAAAACUGAAUGUUACUAUUUUUUCAUUACCAAUGAAAUUUUUAGAUUUGGAGAAAUAAUUUUUUUUGAUCAUUUGAUUUUUGUGACUUGUUGUAAAGCGGGAAAGCAUUUUUUUAUGUUUAGAUAUUUUAUGUACUAUAUUUUUUCUCUAUGGUUGUGUUUUACAAGUCAAAACAGUAUAUAAAGAGAAACAUUGUUUAAGUCUCCCUAUACCUGUGUUUAAUGUCCUUUUUAUGAUUAAUUAGCUUUUGAUAUUUAUGAUGGUUUACAGGUUAAGUAAAUUGAUGAAAGUUAGCCAACACGGAAAAGGGAAAGGAAAUUAAAUGUUAAAUUCAUUUAAUAUAGUGUUUGCAAAAUUUAUUUUCUCCAUUUUUAUCUUCAAUAUGUUAUGAUACUUUUUUCUAGAAACAUUAAAAUCCUUGGCUGAACUCAUCUAUUGUUCUUGGAUAAGAUAGGACAAUUAAUUAAAAACUCUUAAAUAAUGUGAAGCUGAAAAUGCUAUCCAUGAUUUUCCAAGCAGUAUGUACUUCAUUAAUAAAGAAAUAGAAAAUUUCCACCAACUUUAUAAAAUGGCCAUUUAGUUACUUUAGGAAAUGUAAAAUUGAGAUUUAUCAAAAAGCCAAUCAUUUAUUUUUCUUCCUUUUUUCCACUAUUUUUUUUAUUCAAGAAAACAAAAAAAUAUUGGUAUCUUGCCUUUACAUUUUCUCUCUAGAAAUGUAUAGAAAAAUAUGUUUUAUAAAAAAAAAAAAAAGUUUUGAUUUAAUUCUUGUGAGUGUCAGGGGGCCAGUAAAUUGGUCAAGGGUAGGUUAAGGCAGGUUUAUGUUAUGAAUUUUUAGACAGUACACUACCUAUACCCUUGCAGUGCUGCACACAUGCAUAUGAU